UCCCAGGAGAGGAGCGCGCGUCUCCGCCGGUGGUACGAGCUGAUGCUGGAGAACCAGGAGGAGCUGGCGAGGAUCGUAACGGCCGAGAACGGGAAGCCUCUGAAAGAAGCACAGGGUGAAAUCCUGUAUUCCGCCUCGUUUCUGGAGUGGUUUGCAGAGGAAGCUCGCCGCGUUUAUGGGGAUGUCAUUCCAGCAUCUGCAAAAGACAGGAGAAUCCUGGUGCUGAAGCAGCCAGUAGGAGUGGGGAUAACCCCAUGGAAUUUCCCCAGUGCUAUGAUUACCCGGAAGGUUGGUGCAGCUCUGGCAGCUGGGUGUACAGUGGUGGUGAAACCUGCAGAGGACACCCCGUUAUCAGCACUGGCUCUUGGGGAGCUUGCAAACCAGGCCGGAAUUCCAGCGGGAGUGUAUAAUGUUGUUCCUUGUUCCAGACAACAGGCACCAGCUGUAGGGGAAGUUCUGUGCACUGAUCCAUUGGUAUCCAAAAUAUCUUUUACUGGCUCUACAGCGGUAGGAAAGAUAUUGCUGAAACAUGCAGCUGGCACUGUGAAGCGAGUUUCCAUGGAGCUUGGAGGACACGCUCCUUUUAUAGUGUUUGACAGUGCCAAUGUGGACCGUGCUGUUGCAGGAGCCCUUGCUUCCAAGUAUAGAAACUCAGGACAGACCUGUGUUUGCACAAACCGUUUCCUGGUGCAAAAGGGAAUCCAUGACGAAUUUGUGGAAAAGUUUGCUAAAGCUAUAGAGAGAGAACUACGUGUUGGAAGUGGAUUUGAUGCAAAAACAACCCAAGGGCCACUAAUUAAUGAAAAAGCAGUGGAGAAGGUAGAGAGACACAUUAAUGAUGCAGUUUCUCAAGGAGCAUCUGUUGUGACUGGAGGGAAACGACACAGCUUGGGGAAGAAUUUCUUUGAGCCAACAUUACUUAGUAAUGUUACAACAAAAAUGCUUUGCACCCAAGAGGAGACAUUUGGCCCUUUAGCACCAGUUAUCAGAUUUGAGAGCGAAGCAGAAGCUGUUGCUAUAGCAAACGCAGCCGAUGUGGGUUUAGCAGGGUAUUUCUACUCCCAAGAUCCAGCUCAGAUCUGGAGAGUUGCCGAGCAGCUGGAAGUUGGCAUGGUUGGUGUUAACGAAGGCAUCGUCUCCGCAGUGGAGAGUCCUUUUGGUGGGGUAAAACAGUCUGGCUUAGGGCGAGAAGGUUCAAAAUAUGGCAUUGAUGAGUACUUAGAAAUAAAAUACGUCUGCUUUGGAGGCUUAUAAAAAUCUUCAAAAAGCACAUUCCCACCAGCUUGGAAGAGAGUGGUAAUAAGCUGCUUGAACCAGAAA